GUGAAACUAUCAAUCUCCCGAGGCAUUGCGUGGGUUCACAAAAAUCCAAAGAAAGAAAAACUUUUUAAACGCUUCUGGGCAAACACGUGCCCCCACCACCAUCGUCAGACUUUGCCUCUGCAUGCAGAGAGUGCACAUUAAAUAAAAGCUUUUCUUUUUCUUUUUUUUUUUAAAUGAUCGGUUCAUUGAUGAUUGGCAUUUUCAGUGGUUGGGAGCGCAGUAUAUAAACUCUGUAAAAGCCUGUUAUUCACUCAGAAGAAGUUGAGCUGAGAGCAUCAGACAUCACACCGACAGGAGACAAGAUGGUUACACAAAGCCAGAAAUACCUGGAGAACGCCCUCCUCGCAGCAGUGGCAGCGCUGCUUCUUCUGACUGCAGCAGGACAGUCUGCUAUACUGCCCGACGAGCUCCAGACCACAGCAACUCCUGCUCUGUUAAACUCGUCUCUGCUCACACAGCUCAACAGCAGUAUGGGGAAACCUCGGCUUCUGGGCUUACACAGAGCAUGUAGAAGUGAACAUGAAAAAUACUGCGAAAACGGUGGAGAGUGCAUGUACCCCCAAGACAGCGACAAACCUUCAUGCAUCUGCACGUCUUCUUACACCGGGCCUCGCUGCCUGUUCUUCAAUGAUCGCACUCACACUCUGCCUGAGUUAGAGCAACUGAUUGCCAUCAUCUUUGGGGUGGCCAUGCUCAUUAUUGUCCUGGCCAUCAUCAUUUUCUGCUUGGCCUAUAAUAGGUGUAUAAAAUUGGCACCACUAAUCAAGGCUGCACCGUCCGUGUGACCCCUACAACUCCUCUGUUCGUCAUCAUCUUUUUCAGCUGCACCACCGUUUUUAAUAUUUAUUUAUAAGCCACAACAUUUCAUCAUACUGUGUGAUCAGCAGCGUUGGAAAAGGAUUUAAAAAGAAAUUAAGAGACAGUAUAGACUUUUUUUUCCUUUAUUGGACGUUUGAUGUGCAUAAGGAUGACCACUAUUCAGAGGAAAAGAUUAAAGUGUGUUUAUGUUAAACAGAGUAAGACAUUAAUCACUUCAUUGCCUGUUAAAGAAUGAGUGAGAAUAAAUAUGACUAUUUAUUGUAAUAUUACAAUUAACUUAUUGAAAGUUCAGUUUAUUUAAAAUGUAAUAAAUGUAUGUGUUGCUGACAUUACUGUGGUAAAAGAUGAAUAAACAUACAAACACAUUAUUAACUUA